AUGGAUGUCAAGACUGUUGCUGUGAUAGGCGCUGGCGUCAGUGGUGUAUCUUCUGCCAUCCAUCUCAGGAAUGCUGGCCUAGAAGUCACAGUCUUCGAGCGUGGAGAUGUUGCCGGAGACUCACCUGCAUUCGACUCGUUGUUGAAGAGGACCGAUCGACAUGCUCGGCGUGAUAGUCCCGUGGAUCAAGAGUUGCGAGAGUCGAAGACCGAUCUUGACGGAGAUGAUCUCACGAUUCUGCAUGCACCACCAGGUCCAUGUUACCAAGGCCUCCAUAACAACGUAUCGACUCCGGAGAUGAAGCUCCGUACCCAUGACUGGAAACCAAAUACUCCUGACUUCGUUACUCACGACGUGCUGGCAACGUACAUCCAAGAUACCGCUGCUGCCAAUGACAUCUUUCCAAAUAUAUCCUUCCGCACCAGAGUCAACAAAGUUGAAAAGAGAGGUACGAAAUGGGAAAUCAGUACUUCGAAAUUGGUGGAAGAAGCUGGCGAGAAGGCGAUCAGGAACACAGCGCAGACCAAACAGGAAUUCGAUGCAGUCGUUGUGGCAAGUGGACAUUAUCAUGCCCCCAACAUACCUGAUUACCCCGAUCUGAAGACUUGGAAAACUGCUUUCCCGACACGAAUCAUGCAUUCGAAACUAUACCGCUCGCCUUCACCCUUCGCUGGGAAGAACGUCUUGGUCAUUGGAGCUGGUGUGUCGAGCACAGAUAUCUGCCGCGAGUUGGGCGAUGUUGCGAACAAAAUCUGGCAGUCGAGUCGAGGCGGCGAGUAUGAUCUUUUACCAUCCAUGCUGCCAGAAAAUUGCACACGUAUCGGCUCUAUCGCUGGCUUCUCCUCCCUCGGAUCGCCAUCAGAGCUUGGACACGACGAUACACUACCCGGCAGUGUACUUCUUUCCUCCGGCGAAACAAUCAACGACGUCCACCAUAUCAUCCUAGGAACAGGUUACCACAUGUCCUAUCCUUUCCUCGCCCCUUACCACGCCGACAACUUACUCCCCGAGGCUGCAACACCAACAACUCUCGUCACUACAGGUCAGGUAACUCACAAUCUCCACAAAGACAUCUUCUACAUCCCCGAUCCCACACUCGUAUUUAUAGGCGUACCUUACCACGUCGCCACCUUUUCGCUCUUUGAGUUUCAAGCUAUGGCUGUAGCUGCCAUAUUCAGUGGUUCUGCUACAUUACCUGAGGAGAAGCAGAGGAGAGAUGAGUACGAGGAGAGGGUCAAGAGGAAGGGGGUAGGUAGGAGAUUACAUUCACUGAAAGAUGAUGAAGGUGAGAUCGUAUAUGCGAAAGAGAUGAUGGAAAUCGUGAAUCAAAGGAGAAGAGAAGAGGAUAAAGUGGAAGGGCACACGAAGGAGUGGUUUGAGGCUUAUAAGAGGAGAUUGGUGAGGAUGAAGGAGAGGAGAGGACCGGCGGCAAAGACAGUCGAGACCGUGGGAGCUGUAGAAGCAGAGAAGGAUGAGGUCUAG